GUGACAUGUACCUUGUGUGCUUAUGAUCCUGUUAUCAAAAUCUGAUACGAAACAUGCCGGUGCGGUAUUGCAUCCCUUGCUACAAGUGUCAUUCAAGCUGUAAAGAUUUGAAUAAGUGACCAGUGCAUAAUUCCGUUAAUUUUUUUCCAAUGCCUCUGACCUGAUGAGACCAGACAUGAGCGUGAUUGUGCAAUCUGGAGGGAUAAUUGCAAUGGUUUUCGUUGCUCAGUUUGUCAAAGGAUUCAAUGCAUAUGCCAGAGACACCAUCCCCUAUCCACAUUUGAACCAUUUCAAAAGGAACGGACUGUUCCCCCUUAUACAAACAUACACAGAUAGAAUAAUAAAUGAAUUAGUAAAGGAUAAAACGAUAGCUAUAACUGAUGCAAGAGCAAAAAUGAUAAGGGAUAGACUGCGAGGUUUAUAUAAACAUUUGAAAGAACACCCAGCCUUGAUGGAGCGACGGCUAUAUGUUGGAUCUCGGGCACCUGGUGUAUAUAUGGAUAAAAAACAAAGCAUGGGCUCUUUAGACGUAGAUUCUACGGGAGAGGAGUCGAUCAAAACUUCAAAGAAAAGCAUAGAGUAUGGUAUUCCUCACACCAUUUGUCCAUCCAAAACAGAGUGGCGUCGCCUUUUUGCAGCGAAAGACAUCAACGAUACAAAUGUCGAGGUUUGGCAGCCUCGGCGAGGGACGGACGGACAGCAAUGGUUCUAUACUGUAGAGUGUAAUGAAGAGCGCCUUCAGCGACAAGUCUGUCCAGGAUGCUGCAGUGGUAUUGAUCACGGCCUUUAUACGUCUCGUUGUAUGACAAAGAAAACGUUCAUCAUGGCCUUGGUGAGACGAGAAUUUAGCAAGUCGUGGGAUUGGAACUGGAUCCAGGUGCCUACCAGUUGUAACUGUGCCAUUACAAGAAAGACAUUCUUAUAGGUCCAGGGCUCAUCAACAGGGCCAGUUUGUUCAAAUCUAGUUAGUUACUCGAGCUUAACCUUAACUUGGCGUUUUAUCAAAUGAUCUAACUGGAACAGGACAAGCUAGGUUGACGAUAACGCCAAGAUAGGGACCAACUUGCGUUUUGACAACCCGGCUCUGCUUGGAAGCGCGCGAGCCGUUGUUGUUUUUGUAUAUCCGGUAUAUAUAUAUUUUCCAUGAUUUAAGAACAGUGGAGGAAGUGCAGAAGGAACAACAUGGUCGAGUUCGUCUGGAACCCAAGGGUUGAGCAGGAGUGUCACGUCUUGUCAAAAAUGAUCAUAUCGUAAUAAACUGUACGUGGUAUUGGUCAAAAAAUUUUAACCGAAACAUGACAGAAAUGUUUCGUAAUGUGACGAAAUAAUGUCAUAUUUCUCUUGGUCUUUGUGCAUCUUGUCACGUGCUCCCACCUAUUAUCAUAUGGUCCUUGAUCUCGAGAGGCAAACCGGGUAUGCGAUCGCCCAAAGAUUCAGAACACUCAAAAUUUACGUCUAGUGUUUUUAGUGUUUAUAUCUCGACUUCAAUAUUGAACCGUUAGCUUCAGUAUUAAAGUCAGUCAACUAAAGUAAGAAAACAUUGAAAUCUGAAUGCAAAUGAACCUUCUGGACUUUCGUACCAUUCAGCUCGUGUCCAACUUCAGAUCGCAGCCGAACUGGGCCAUAGUGACGCACCAUCUCUCAUACCGUUACCAUUUUCUCGGGAGUAUCAGUUAUAUGCUCAAAACGUGUUUAUUUGCAAAUUAUUGGCAGUGUAGAUUUUAUGUUCAGGAAUGGAGCAACAUUAAAGCCGUCUGGGAGCAACAAGAACAAGGAAUGGGGCUGGGCUUAACACCCAAGGGACAGUCUACCAUCUGACGUGUCAAUGUAACAACACUUAUACAAAACCAGCUGUGAGUGCAGUAGGUAAACGCAUGAAUGGACAUCAAUCAGCACGUGAAGAACUAGACAAAACUCUAAAAUAUUCACCCGACAUCAUAAAGUGAGGGGCAGACCUAACAAAUGAUCAAUACACUUGGAACGACAUUCAGGCAUUCAGAUCAUGAGAAGGUAACCAGGACUCAACAGAGAUUACGCUGUGAAUUAGAAAUUCUGAUGCUUCUAUUAGAAACAACAACUAAAACGUGAUCUUGAUUAGACUAAAUUGUGAUUAUACAUUAGGUAUAUGGAUAGAUCUAUAAUUUGGACAUAAAAAACAAAUGUUUGUAGUCUCCACUUUUUCCACUUGAAACACGGGAAACGUCGUGGUACUUCAUUUCAGCAAAAAUGAAGAAUAACACGUAGACAAGACACUAAGAUUUUGAAGUAGAUAUUCGCCAAUUUGGUCUUCUUUCGAACAGCAGACCCUUAUUUUCCAGAACUCAGAUGGUAAUUAUUCAUUAAUUCAUUGAACGUACAUUACCAAGACGAACAAAACGAACCUAAUUUUGCCCUUAAACAUGUUAAAGGCACAUCCGUGCAACUUGGACAAAUUUAUAAUGCAUUGAUGCAUUACUAUCCUUUUGGCCUAAUCAAAUGAACACAUGACAUUGCUUGCUGAUCAUGCUAUAACAAGGACCGUAGGUUACUGUUUUUCCUCAAAAAGUACAAAAAACAACUCUGUUUUGCCAAGGCAAACGUUUUGCUUGAUACCAUUACUACAAGUAGAGGUACAUCUAGUAAAUACUUUCAAGCAAAUGUAUUUCCUUCAACAUAUCGCGUCAUAUCAAGCAUGGUUUGAUGAUCCAUUCUUGACAAGUAACAAAUGGCACUAAAUACUACAAAUUUCAAUUCCCCAAGUAUUUGCUAGGUUUUGAUGCAUAUCACUCUGAUUAUAUAUCAUGUCAAGUCGCUCUUAAAUCAGUUAGUUAGUUAUAAUCAUUAGAUGUAAACAUAUAUUAAGUUCUUAUUUGAGAAUUUAAUUAGAUUUGGAAUUGUACUGCUUCCGAAGUUAGAAAAAAUUUACCAAACCUGCUUGUGUAAUAGGGAGUUUUCGCAAGUUUUCGCAAGUCCCCCAAAACGCCAACAUGAAGCCCUAUCUCAUCGUUCGACCUCAUGAUAACGAUUUCGAACACUGGGAUAGGCAUUCACGUUGACGUUACGGGGGCUUUCAAAAACUCCCUUUUAAUAUAUCGUAUACCCACAACCUUCCCUUAAACACAUAACUAGUAUACUUAGUGGAUAUGUGGUGUACUAUUUUUUGAUCUAAAAUCUUUUUUAAUGUACUUGUGUGUAUAUUAUGUGAAUGUAUUCAGUCUUGAAUAUAAAGUUCUCUAAGUCAACCAAAAAUAGAAAGACGUUUUCCAAUGUUGUCUGGCGUAUUUUUACCUGAAAUACCUGGUUGUGAUCUUAAAGCCAAAAUACAUGAUACAAUUGAUAACAUGGAUAACGUCGAAACCGACGCACAACGUUAGCCUAAUACCAUUAGGCCCCACUUGGUGGCGCUGAAGCAGCCACCGCCGUGGGCCUAAUUUUAAACGAUUUUGUUUUUGUUAUCUUUCACCAAAAUUUGGGCAAGGCACGAUGUUCGGCUAGGAAAAGGUUUUAGUGUUUUAACGACGUUAAACAAUUGCCAACAGUUGGUCUUUCGUAUAAGUUUUCUGUU